CUCCUCUUUUCUAAACCACCUUCUCUUCUUUUCACAGGUAUCAAAAGAGGAACCCCAUGUCCAACCAAUCAUUAAUUCUAAUUGAAUUUUUUCUGCACGGAUUCUCUGAUAUUCAGGAAUCCCAACCAUUUCAUUUCCUUGCUUUUCUCUUCAUUUAUUUGAUGGCUGUCAUAGAAAACCUUUUCAUCAUCACAGUAAUCAUCAAAAGUCAUCACUUGCACAAACCCAUGUACUUCUUCAUGGCCAAUCUGGCAUUCCAAGACCUUGGCUCCAUCUCGGUCACAGUCCCUAAAUCCAUGGAAAAUUCACUGAAGAAGAUCAACACCAUUUCAUACAGUGGAUGCAUCUGUCAAGUUUUCUUUCUUCUCUUCUUCACCAUAUCUCACUUUUAUCUCCUGGGCAUUAUGGCAUAUGACCGUUACAUUGCCAUCUGUAAUCCGUUGAAGUAUGAAACUAUAAUGAACAAGAAAGCAUGCAUUCAUAUGGCAAUGAGUACAUGGAUUUGUGGUUUUGGCCUUUCUUCACUAUAUACUGGCUCUUUAUUCACAGUCAGCUUCUGUUCCAAUGAUGUUAAUCAGUUCUUCUGUGAAAUCCCACAACUAUUAAAAAUUUCAUGUUCUGAUACAUAUCUAAUUGCAUUUUAUGUCAUCUGUGCUGGCUCUUCCAUAUCCUUCAUUUAUAUUAGUUUAAUAAUCUCCUCCUAUAUUGAGAUCUUCCGAGCAGUUCUAAAAAUUACUUCCACCCAGAGGAAGCCAAAAGCCUUUUCAACUUGCUUACCACACCUUAUUGUAAUAGUUUUGUAUAUUAUAAGUGGUUCAUUGGUCUAUCUAAGGCCAAUGUCACGGUCCCUGUCAACCAUGGAUCUUGUGCUUUCUGUGUUUUAUUGCAUGUUGCCUCCAUUAAUGAACCCACUAAUCUAUAGUAUCAGGAAUAGGGAACUUAAAAGAGCAUUUUGGAAAUUGAUUGGUGAUCUUUGAUCCCAAUUCAUAUCCAUUCCAGUUAUCAUUGCCAAUAGUCUAGAGUUGUUGGCUAUCUAAAAAUGCAGCUACAUUGUGGAAUUAUUACAGAUUGAUUCCCAUUUUAAUAGCCAUGUAUCAAUGCUAUGGAAACACGGUUGUUGUCAUUCUACAAAAUCUUCAGCUUUCUCUGUGUAAGGGUGCUGGUUCCUCACUAUACUACAAAUUGCCCUAUUUGUUGAUUGAUUUUUGAUAACUUAGCAGCUUGAGGUUGAAUGAGACAGACAAAAGGCAUUAUUAAGAACUAUUUGCACUUAGUGGGGUUUAAUGUCCACAGAUGAUGACAAAUAUUGUGUUGGAUAAAACAAAUAUUAACGUAUUCUUCAAAACCAAAUGUAUACAAAUAUAUGAUUAAAUGUUUAACUGAUUUAUUGUAUGUCUUGUGUUAAAGUUAGUUGUGUGUGAUUUGUAUAAUUUAUUCAUUGUGAAUAUUUUUUAAAAAAUACAUUCCACUAUUCCAAUAAAACAGGGAAUUAUGUAUGCAAUUUAAAACAAAAUUGUAAUGAUUGUUUCAAGAAGCUUAACAUGUUGAUU